CUUUUAUUGUGGAAAGCUGUGUCCGGAAGUAACAUCUAUUUUUAUUCUGCGUGUCUAUCUAACGUUACGGUACGUGAGAAAGACUUGCAAGGGAGAGGGAGAAGAGACUAGACACGAGGGAUCGAUUAUAAAACUGGUGUUGUCAGGUGGCACAGAGCCUUUGAAGAUCGACGCCGUCCACAGCACCCACGCUAUCCCGCUGGAUUUGGAAACGUUUCUGUAACUGUGACCGUUUAAUUGCUACACAGGAUGUCUGGACAGAGCAUAACAGACAGGAUAACCGCCGCUCAGCACAGUGUCACCGGGUCGGCGAUUUCCAAAACUGUGUGCAAGGCGACCACACAUGAAAUAAUGGGACCAAAAAAGAAACAUUUGGAUUAUUUGAUUCAGUGCACAAAUGAGAUGAAUGUGAACAUCCCUCAGCUGGCUGACACACUGUUUGAGAGGACCGCCAACACCAGCUGGGUGGUUGUGUUCAAGUCUCUCACCACCACACACCAUCUCAUGGUCUACGGCAAUGAGAGAUUUAUACAGUAUCUGGCUUCAAGGAACACACUAUUCAACCUCAGCAAUUUUUUGGACAAAAGUGGACUACAAGGCUAUGAUAUGUCAACAUUCAUAAGAAGGUAUAGCCGCUACCUGAAUGAGAAGGCUGUGUCCUACAGACAAGUUGCUUUUGACUUCACUAAAGUGAAAAGAGGGUCUGAUGGAGUGAUGAGAACCUUGAACACAGAGAAACUCCUCAAGACCAUCCCUAUCAUCCAGAAUCAGAUGGAUGUGUUACUCGAUUUCAAUGUCAAUGCAAAUGAACUGACAAAUGGUGUGAUCAACGCAGCCUUCAUGCUUCUGUUCAAAGAUGCGAUCCGACUGUUUGCAGCGUACAAUGAGGGCAUCAUUAACCUCCUGGAGAAAUACUUUGACAUGAAGAAAGUUCAGUGCAAAGAAGGACUUGACAUCUACAAAAAAUUCCUCACUCGAAUGACUAGAAUCUCAGAGUUCCUCAAAGUUGCAGAGCAAGUCGGAAUUGAUCGAGGGGACAUCCCAGAUCUGUCUCAGGCCCCCAGCAGCCUGCUUGAUGCCCUGGAGCAGCACUUGGCCUCUUUAGAGGGAAAGAAAGUCAAAGACUCAACAGCAGCCAGCAGGGCUAGCACUCUCUCCAAUGCGGUCUCCUCCCUAGCCAACACCGGCAUAUCUUUCACCAAAGUGGACGAGAGGGAAAAACAGGCAGCACUGGACGAAGAGCAGACACUCCUCAAAACACUAAAAGAUCAGCGUCUGAAAGACCUCCAGAAGAAUCCAACUGCGGCAAACAUAGACUCCUCUCCUGUCUCAAUGGUGGGUGGGAGCAUCAAUUCAGCCCCUACCAUUGACCUCUUGUCCUCCACCAGCUCCACCAACAGCAACUCCAAGGCAGCCAAUGAACUGCUAGACCUGCAGCUGGCUUUUCAGCAGUCGCUGCCUCCCUCCAGCACCAACACAUGGGGAGAUCCUUUCCCCUCUGCUGCAGAAGCUAUGGAGGAAUCCAUUCCAAACUCAAACCCUUUCCUCACACUACCUGUUGUCGAUGCUGUCCAGCUAUCCACGGCGUCCUCGGACGCUGGCAGCCUGUCUUCUCAGACACCUAACCAUGAAGUGUUUGAUCAUUACAAUCCCUUUUUUGACUCAAACUCUUCCCUGGCAUCUGAUCUUGAUUCUGCACAGAUAGAGACAUUUAUCACAGACUCCUUCUGUGGGCCAAUCCCUUACAACACCACUCCACUCUUCCAAUCUGAGCCCCCUGCGGUAACCGGUAUAUUCAGAGGGUUUACAGCCUCCCCAACAGCCCAGCAGCCACAGAACUCUCGAGGCCUUAACGUCGACUUUGACUCAGUAUUUGGCAACAACAUUAAUGCAAACGAGCUGGAUUCUACAGACAUUUUAGGUGGCCUCCUCAAACCCACAGUGGCAUUCUCACCCGAUCAGAGCAUGACCCUGAACGGCCAACAUGCCCACAAACUGGUAUCCCACGACCUGGACUCGUCACUGGCCAAUCUUGUCGGCAAUCUGGGAAUUGGCAACGGCACAGCAAAGAAUGAUCUUCACUGGAGUCAGCCUGGUGAGAAGAAGCUGACGGGUGGAAACAACUGGCAACCCAAGACGGCUCCUUCUACCACCUGGAACCCUGCAACCAUGGAGGAAUCCUCUUGUCUUUUGUGUCCUCAGGCUCCAUCUGUCAUGGCGUUCCCUCCAACCACACCCACAGGCAUGAUGGCAUAUGCAAUGCCUCCCCACGUGAGCUCCAUGAUGAUGACACAGCCCACUAUGAUGUACACCCAGCCUGUGAUGAGGCCAGCCAACCCCUUUGGCCCCAAUCCAGGUGCACAGAUGCAAUUUAUGUAACCUACCCCGUCUGAAGAUGACAACAAAGUCAACUAUCCAAGCAAACCUGCAGUUUGCUUCUAAUGAACUUGUCUUUGAGAAUAAAAAGCCCAAAUAAGACUGGUGGAAUAGAAUGACUGUGACUGGGACCAGCUCCGAACAUCUCAGAGAGGCUGUGGACGUUGUGCCCAUCUAGUCAUGUCGAAGUCAUAGAAGGAGAAGAAGAGUGCAUUCUGCCAUUCUAAACGAUUGGACAGGUAUCAGCCCCUACUGUAGUAACACCACAGCCAGGGGGAGAGCUUUCUGACUCCGCUCUGUACCUGGGGAAAAAAGUAAUCUGGGUGGUUGUCUCACAUUAACACGGUUGGAGUUGUGUUUUUUUUGUUCCUCUUUCUCCAGGUGAGGCUGGGAGAGUCACUUGUUUUGAUUAUCAAUCAUGAUUACCUUCUUAAAGCAUCCCCAAAUUAGGAAAACAAUUGCAAACUCUUUCUACCACACAUUUGUAUGUAUUGUUUGCAGUAGACAUUCCUUGUGUAUUGUUUGUAUUUAUUUAUGAUUACCUACAGAGAAGAUGAUAAAAAAUUUAAAAAAUGUAACUAGUCACUGACCUUGUGGAAGGUCUUCAGGUUUAUUCAUAGAUAUGAUUGAUUGUAGAACUGGAUUUUGAGUGAUUGAGAUGAUUUUUUUAAAAGAAGUUAAUAUAAAGUUUAAAGAUGACACUUUUUGCUGUUGGGUCACUUAAUAUUCUCUGUACUCGCAUGAUGCCUUGUACAGUUAUCUGUGGCUCCAGGGGUCACACUGAGGAUGUGUAUGAACAUACAACAUUUUUAUCAACACCGUCAUAUCGGUGGGGUUUAUUUCUACACAUUUGGCGAGGGAAAAUUUUUCACAUCAGCAAAAGCACUACAUUUUGUGAUUGAGGCAUCAUUACAUUGGAAAGGAAUCUGCAGGAAUUUAUGCUUUUGAUGCUUUUGGCAUGCCAUUUAUUCUUACAUUUAACAAAGCUGGCUGCCCUUUUCCAACCUGAAUGUGCAGGGUCCCUUUCAUUCUCAGAUCAUGUUUUCACAGGCGAGCACUGGGGCAUUUAAGGCAAUGUGGGGGGAGUAGGGAGGCCUCGGGUUUAGGCUCAGAUCAGACUAACAGAAGGCUGGGGGGGCAGAAAGUUGUUCAGGAGAAUCGAGCACUGUUGAUCGGUGCUUUGUGUAUAUAAAACUUUUCCUGCCAAUCGCAGGAAUGGACAAGUGCAGGUGUAAAAGAUGGUCUGAACAUAAAAGUGGACCUUAAUCAAUUAACUGAGCAUAUUUGCUGCAUUGUCCCUGCAGAUUAUAUUUUUGUUUGUUUGAUUUUUCCAAUAAAGUGUAAGCUUCCACA